UUUAAUAUAAUUUUCCCAGAGAGAGAGAGAGAGACCGAAGUAAAGGAACGCCCAGCCUCCAGCUCGUGCGUGGUCUCUAACCCCUUAACCCCACUGAAAUCUCACUCUCGCACACGCAGCGUGCCGUGAGUCCGUCGUCUUCGCCAUCUGAGUCCUCGCCGUCGCUCCCAAGCCGUAGCACUGGGCUUCUUUCGCUCGGUCUCUCAGCACAACGCAGCAGCCAACGCCCUGCAGAAACAUAAACUCAUAUAUCGCUCGUUAACUAUGUUAACUCUCUCGGGCAGAAUCUUCUAGGAUCAGUAGAAAUAAGAGUUAUUGGAACUUCUGAAGAGGCGGUGUGCAUCUUUCCUUUAUUUGAUUCGAUGGAAAAUAAAUCAUCUACUUUAUCCACAAGCUUGAUAGACCAAUUAGUGGUUCCUGGAGAUGUGGUUCUUGAUCUCUCUACCAUGUCAAACCAAACAAUUAAGCUUGGAGGUGGUCUAUACCAGGAUUGUGAUGCAAUUUCAGCAAUGAAGGCUGGCAGGCUAAGAUUCUCAAAACCUAAUAAAUAUUGGGUUGAAGGUUCUCAGAAAAGGUAUGUGCCCCAUGUAGAAGAUUCUAUUCUUGGAAUUGUUGUAGAUGCCAGAUCAGAUAAUUUUCUUGUGGAUAUAAAAGGACCUUCUAUAGCAUAUUUGCCUGUGCUUGCAUUUGAAGGAGGAACUAGAAGAAAUAUACCUAAAUUUGAGGUGGGUACUCUUCUUUAUGUGCGGGUUGUAAAAGCUAACCCUGGAAUAAAUCCUGAACUGUCUUGCACUGAUGCCAGCGGAAAAGCAGCAGAAUAUGGUGUGCUAAAGGAUGGCUUUAUGUUUGAAUGCACAACUGGUCUAUCAAGAAUGCUUCUCAGCUCACCCACAUGUCCAGUCCUUGAUGCUUUAGGGAAGAAAUUGUCCUUCGAGAUAGCAGUUGGUUUAAAUGGCCGUGUUUGGGUUAAUGCAGAAUCUCCAUCUACAACUAUUAUUGUCGCCAAUGCAAUUAUGAACUCAGAGUCAUUGAGUGGGGUCCAGCAGAGAAUAAUGGUUGACAAGCUGCUUCAGAGAAUCCAGUGACCAAGUUAGUCGUGCAUAAGGAAUAUGCGUCCCAAAUCUCAAAAGCACUGGCAAAAUGUACAAGGAAUUUUCAAUGACCUUACUCUUCAGUGCAAGUUGCAAAAAAGUUUAUGACAAAGUUACUAAGUUAAAUGUAAUUUUGAAUUUUAGGACCUAGGUUUUGUUGGUAUAUUACAGUCUCCCAGAAUAUCUUAUGCAAGGCCCUGUAUCAAAUGCUAAAUACUAUUGAUAAAUCAGUACAAGUCCAUUCUUUUUUGUUA